GAUGGGGGGGCUCCUUACCCUGCUCCAUCACUAGAAAAGCCGGAGAGCAAAACUCCAGCGCGUCACUUCGAGGGCGGAUAUUGGCCUGUCAUCCUUCUCCUCCUCUUCUUCUUCUUCUUCUUCUUCCUCCUUCCCUUGCGCGCUCUCCCACUCGGUCUCCAUCAGUCUUCAUGGUUCUGAUCUCACCCCACGCCAUGCAAGCCACCCGGGCGUCCACCACCGUCAGUGUGUUUGCGGACUGCAGCAUCCCGGCCGGGCUCCGGAUAGGACCGGUACCGGGCAUCUUCAAACUGGGGAAGUACGUGUCGGACCGUAAGGAGGCUGGACCCAAGAAAAAGGUCCGCUUGGUCCGCGGGGAGUUCGUGGAUGAGUCCGGCUGCCCGGUGCCAGACUGGAUCGGAUUCAUCCGCGCCGCCAGGAACAGUCAGGAGCAAAACCUGGAGGCUGUGUCGGACCUACCUGGCGGACAGAUAUUCUACCGUGUGCUGAGAGAAAUCCCAGCAGGAGAGGAGCUCAGUGUCUGGUACUCCAACGCUCUGGCCCAGUGGUACGACAUCCCCACCACGGCCACUCCCACGCACGACGAGAAAGGUGAGGAGCGUUACAUCUGCUGGUACUGCUGGAGAAUAUUCAAAUACCCGAACACACUGAAGGCCCACGUCCACUUCCACUGCGCUCUGAGCAACGGGCGGGGCUUCGUGAGCAGCGAGCAGGCCAGAGGCACAGAGACCUUCAGCAGGUCACCAAAAUCUGGAGACAUCCCUAACACCUCCACCUCACCCAGGAGCGCUCACAGUAACUCCUCCAUCUCAGACUCUGGCAGGCGGCCGGUUUCCUCCUCGCCUUUUUUAAACAAAACGGGACUGUCGAAGAAAAGCGGCUCUGAGGAGCAGGACAGGGCCCUCGACAUGAGCGUUACCUCAGCCAGAAACCAGGGACACCUCCUCGGCCUGGGCGCCACAUCGUCGGUGCUGAGCAGCAUGGGCUUCCACCCGGGUGUGCGCUCCGCCUUUAAACCGACCGGCGUCUCCAAAGUCCCCGGUGCAGACUCAUCCAGAGAGGAAGGCAGCGGGAAGCUGAGCGGCCUUGGGUUCGGUAAACUUAUUGGAAACAUGAAACCGAUCCGAAACGUGGGCGAGGGCCUAAACGGAGGCGGGAACCACCCUCCAAAGUGCGCACCUGCAAUUCUGGACUCAGCAUCUCCCAUGGUGCCAUGCGCAAACGCUAUCCGAGGCUUCCCCUUGCUGCCUCACGUGGAAGAAACUUCAGCUUUUAAGCACGUCGAGAGCCGGAUGCACUCCAGCCUGUCCCCCUCCCGCUACCCCCAGAUGCCCCCCGGACUCCAUUUUGAAAGGUUCUCUCUCCCUCACUUUGACGGUGUCAAGACUUACGGUGCAGACUGUAACAUCCCGCUGAUGCCUUUCACCGUCUAUAAUGGGGAGCUUUUAUACAGCUCACCCUACUACCCCCUGAAAUUCCACUUCAGCAACCUCCUCAAAUACCCAGAGUCCAUGUCCUACUUCGGGGCGCCCUCACUGAGCCAAGACCUGGGCUCGAUCACAAACAUUGACCGGGAGAUCGCCAUGCACACGCAGCAGCUGUCUGAGAUCGCCGUGGAGAAGAACCGGACAAGGCUGGACUCCAUUCCAGCCGGGAGCGCCAGCAACGCCGGGUCUGGGAAGCCCAAAAAGGGACACCUGUGUCUGUACUGCGGCAAGCUGUACUCGAGGAAAUACGGCCUGAAAAUCCACAUGAGGACCCACACGGGUUACAAACCGCUCAAGUGCAAAGUGUGCUUCCGGCCCUUUGGAGACCCGAGUAACCUGAACAAACACAUCCGGCUCCACGCUGAGGGAAACACGCCCUACAGGUGCGACUUCUGCGGGAAGGUGCUGGUGAGGAGGCGGGACCUGGAGAGGCACGUCAAGUCCAGACAUCCCGGACAGACGGUGAAGAAGCUGGACGACAAACCGGGCGGCCUGUUCGAGGACGCGGAGCAGAAGAGCGACAAUGACAGCGACGUGGACGUGUGUUUCACCGACGACCAGAGCGACCAGGAGUCGAGCAAAAACAAUGACUGAGAUGUUUUCGUGCCCACACAGAGACUGCUCGUGAUUUUUUCAACAGUGUGCACAGCAAAACACGUUCUUUAGUCUUGUAUGAAGUCUUUAUUUGCAUUUUAGACAAAGAGCCAAAUGCGUCUGGACAAGAUGCCACCAAAGUUUCCAAACAUUUGCAGUUCAAAUUUUGCUUUCUGGACUCCAAAUAAAGUUUUAAACGACACAUUUUGGAAGAAAAUGAACAAGAAAAUUUGGACAAACAUAUUGUUAUUCAUAAAUGUAUUUGUUAGUCUUUCUCAAGGACUCUUUCCCGCCUCAUCAGACAGAGAAAAAAAUCCUUUUUGGCCUUUGCGCUUUGGCUCGCAAAACAAUAACAAUGAUAAAAAGGAAUAAUUAAGUCUGGUGUUUCAGAAAUGUUCUUUUGUUUGAAACACAAAUCAUCACGGUUGUUGUCACAUUCUUUUGGGUGGCAUGAAGCCUGCUGCACACAAAACAAGAACAACAAUCCAAAGGCGCAAAACACCGACAAAAUCUAUCAAGGCUGAAUAAGAGACGAAACCACUUCCUUUAAAAAACAGUGUCUGCAGUGUAGAAACAAAACAAAACAAAAUAAAUAAAAAUAAAAAAUAGCAAGACUAUCGUUUGUAAUGUUUCCCCCUGAGAAAAGGAUUUAUGGGUUUGUAAAAAUGACUAAAAAAAUGACAGAAGAGCGCAACAUUCCUCAGCACUCCAUGGGAAGAUGAGCUGGAAAAGAACACCGUUCUUUGUAUUUUGUUAUGUUUUUAUUGUGAUAAUGUCCCCAUGUUCUCUUCUAAACUGUCAGUUGCACUUUAAAAACAGCAAUGGGCAUUUUAACUCCACAGAACAGCUGCAAAAUGAUGGUUGUGUUUCAUUUCCUCUCCUCUGCGCCUCGCUGAACAACACACUGUACUUAAAUUUGCACUUUCUUGCCGAGGCGAGCAGCGCCCAGUUUAUUUAAGGAAUUAUUUCUAGACAAAGAAGAUGUAUUGGUUGCAGUUAUAGCCUAUGUAAAGAAGUUGUAAAGUAUGAUAUUUCACAUUUCAGUGGAGAAGUGUUGUAUACGUUUGUUUAUAAGUCAUAUUGUCUAUGAGGACAAUAUUUUACUCCUGUCAAUUAAGUCGUUGGUUUUUGAAUAAAUUUAAUUUAAAACAUUUGAAGCAAA